CAGGGGGCGGGGCCCCCGGCUGGUAGCAGCGCUGGCCCCGGCCCGGUCCGGCCCCGCCGCGGGGCUGCGGGGCGGGUUCCCCCCGCGCCCGCCCCUGCCCGCCGUCGCCCCGGCGGUGGGGGCGCCGCGCCGGGCCCGGGGUGCCAUGGAGGAGACGCCGCCGCCGCCUGCCUGAUCCCAGAGGCUGCCGACACAGAGACAAAGCGCGGGGCCGCCGGCCCGGCCGAGCCAUGGUGGAGCCACCGGCUGAGCCCCCCCCGCAGCCCUGCCCGGCGGCACCCGGGGGGGCAGCGGCGGCGGCAGCGGGGGCAGAUCCGGCCCAUCCCGGGGAGCAGUCGCCGCUGCUGCACCUGGACCUGUACAACUUCGACUGUGCGGCGGCGGAGGGCAGCCGGUACGUGCUGACCAGCCCACGGUCGCUGGAGGCCUGCGCCCGCUGUGCUGUGCGGCCGGUGGAGCUGCUGCCGCGGGCGCUGGGGGAGCUGCUGCGGGAGGCCCCCGGGCGCUCCAUGCGGGUGGCUGCCGGCCUCUACGAGGCCUAUGAGCGGGAGCGUCGCCGCAAGCUGCAGCAGUGCCGGGAGGAGCGUGAGAGGAUUAUCCGGGAGGAGAAGAGACGGAUCCUCACCCCCCUCGGCAGCCUGCCACCCUCGCCUGCUGCCCGUGUCGUCCCCCGGGCUGCCGCGGCCACCACUGCCAGCGGGGCCCAUGGCGGGGUCAAGGCUGGGGCGUCAGGGGGUGCCAAGGCCAAGAGCCACUCCCUGGACUCGCUGCAGAAGCGCCGUGAGGGCAGCUGGGGCAAGACCUCCUCUGAAUCAGGGGCGUCCUCCUCCUACAGCGGGGAGAGCCUGCGGGAGCGCCGGGGCAAGGGGGGCGUCCGGGGCCGGGAGGGAGCCACUGCCAAUGGCUCCCUGCUGGGGCGCAGCUUCAGCCUGGGUGACCUCAGCCACUCGCCGCAGACAGCCCAGAGGGUGGAGAGGAUCGUCAGGGAGGUGAAGAGGAGGAAGGGCCUGUCGGAGGUGCCUGAGAGGGACAAGAAGAUUGCGGCACUGAUGAUCGCCAAGCACCAGGAGGCCAGCCUCCUGCGGGAGCAGCGGCAGGCAGCCCACCUGCAGUGGGACAGCCAGCGGCGCCUGGCGGAGCAGCAGAAGGAGCGGGAGGAGAAGGAGAAGCAGAGGGCCCUCCUGCAGGGCCAGCGGAUGUGGGAGAGCCAGGUGGAAAAGCGGCGGGGAAGACUGAGCCAGGAGCAGGAGGAGGCCACCUUGCUGAAGCAGAGGCAGCGCCUGGUGUGCGAGGAGAGGUGGCGGGAGCAAGCGGAGAAGCAGGAGCGGCUGCGGAGGGAGAGGCUGGAGAGGGCUGUCCAGGAGGACAAGCAGAAGAAGCUCCAUCAAGAGCACAAUCUGAAGGCAAAGGAGGAGGGCAAGAAGGAGCACCGGGAGCGAGAGGAGCAGCUCCUGCAAGAGAAGCUGUCCAUGGCCGCGCAGAAGAGGCUGAAGAAGGAGGUGCAGCUGCAGAAGGAGAAGAAACUGCUCAACCAAGCUGAGAAGCUGAAACAUGAGGCCUUGCUCAAGGAACUGGCCAAGCAAGAGGCAGAAGAGAAGGAGAUGCUGAAGGCCUCUCUGGAGAUGAGUUUGACCAAGGCUCAGGAGAACUAUGAGCAGCUAGUGGAGAAGAGGAACCAGGAGCUGAGGGAGAAGGCCAGGCGGGAGGACAUGCAGAUCCAGAGAGCCAAACUGGCAGCAGAGAAGAAAGAAAGAGAGCAGAAGGAGCACUUGGAGGCCCUGGCUAGAGAGACAGAGAGAAAACUCCAGCAUGCUGCCCAGGUGGCUGAAGAGGUUGUCCAAGAAAAAGCCCGCAAGGUAGUCUUGAGCCGUCUGGAGAAGGAGAAAGUGCAGAAGAUGAACAAGCAAAAGGUGGAACAGUAUGAGGACUUACGGCGCAGGGAGAUCCUCCUCUCUAUAGAGAAAAAGCUGGAAAGGAGCGAGCAGAUCUUCAAGGAGAAGAAGACUGUCUUAGAAAAUGCCAGGUCUGUUGCUCGGGCGUCCUUCCAUGUCCGGGAAAAGGUACGGGAGGAGACAAACAUGCGCACCUUUGACAAGAUGGCCUUGGAGGCAGAACUGCAUGCCCACUUGAAUAAGAAAUGAAAGAUCUUGUCAUGGAUGAGUGGGGGAACAUCACCGCUUGUCCAUCACAAUGCAUCAGAAAGCUUCUCCACAUUAACAUUUAACAUUUAAAAAGCAACAACCACCCUAAUUUCUUAUUUUGGGGGAGCAGGGUACCGCACAAAAAUGUGGCAGCUAUUUCACAUACUUUUUAAAAUAUGUUUUUGUUCUGGGCAUGUUUUAAGGACUGACCUCAUUCAUCUUUGUAGAGGGGAAGUGAGUUUUUGUGUCCUCCACCCCACAAGCACACAUUUUCUCAGAGGGCUGCAGAAGUCGUCUGCUUGAAGCCUGAGAGUUAGCGAUUGAUUGUCUACACCGGAAAUGUCUACAGCUGCUCUCCUUUCGGUUGGAAAUGCAGACAACAGAGACUACUUACUACUAGAGUCUACUGACUGAGAACCAAAACCACCCCAGCUGAUUCUGGCUUGAGUGACAGGCAGCUUGGUUUAAGUUAUGGGACUGCAUUUUCAAAGCUGCUGCACUUCCACGCUGAGGGUAAGGAGGGCUGGAGUACAGGAUGCCAUACGCCCCUGGGUGCCCCUCGCCCACUGCUGGUACCGAGCAAGACAAAGCACAGAUCAAGACUUCAUAACACCAUGUAAGUAGAUGUUAUGAUCAGAGCUGGGCAGAAGCUGUUAGAAGUGCUCACAAACAGAAUUUCACUUUUGCUGUUUGCACCUGUUGCCCCUUCUGGGUAUCAUCACCUUUCCUCUCCUUUCAAAGUUUCUCUUACAAAUGUCUGUACAAUUUCUUCUUUUCUUUUGGAGGAAGGGGAGAAGGACAGAAGUUUGUGGGCAAUCCACAAACUGACGGGUGCCCACAUGACCCACUUUUUCGUUAAGAUACAAAAAUGAAUGAACCUGUGGCUGGCCUUCAUGGCAAAUGUGGAUCAUUUGUAAUUGGAAACCUGCAAACAGACUGCGUAGAGAAAUUACCACCCUCAGGAAUUCUCAAAACUCAAGGAGACCCUCAGCAACCUUAUCCAACUUGGCCUGCCUUGAGCAGGUGUCCGCCAGAGCUCCCUUCCAACUUAAUGGUCCUAUGAGCCACAUACAGUGAGAUGUUCACCCAGCUCUUGUCAUUGUCUACUGAGCAGGGCAGCAUUUAUCUGUCCACCGGUGCUAACAGUUGUAUUCUUGUAUAGGGCACAAGAAGGAGUAGAUACACAAAAUAAGGUACAUUACAGGUCCUCUUAGAUGAGGAUCAGUACUGUUUAAAGGGAACUGAGUCCGUUAAUGUACUCAAAAAUGUGAAAAGCCUACCUAUGCCCUGUGCACAGCAUUCAAGUAAGACAGUGUUUUGCUCCAGGUUUCCACAUUUACCCUCUGCUGGGUUGCAGUUAUGAGCACACAUCCAAACUUUCUGCUGGUUUUUUUUCUGGCUCCGGGCAGCACCAGCUCUCUGUUCCACCAUCCAUGAUGCCAUGCUGGGUUGCUGUGGUGAUGGCAUCGGACCUGGAGCAUGGGGGAGAAGCACCAAGAACAGCCUAGAUCUUGUUUCCUUGUGGACGUCUCUGACAUAAAACACAGUAGAAGAGAAAACCAGAAGAAGGUUGACAUAUGGCACAGACAUGCAGUCCUGCAAACAUAGAUUGCUUACCAGAAUUUAGAAGGCUUUAAGGAAGGUUUUAAAUCAACAGCAACAACAGUAAACCAAGCACACCCUGGUGCCCUGCAAGGCUGGAGACAUUAUACAAACAGUGCUAAAAACGAAGCAAGUAGGGAUUUUCUUUGAUUUCAAUGGAACUUGCUCUUCUUUGAAUCACGGUACAGUUGGUGCUGUUGAGGGCAAGCAGCACAAAAGUAGGAAUUAGGACACCUGAGCGAUGUUUCCUCCAUCAGUCAUUGGCUCACUGCGAACGCCAGGCAAGUCCUCAGGGGCUGGGCUUGCUCCUAUUGAUAUAAACGGAAGCAGAGUCAGGCUCUGGGGAUUGCGGAGACUCACAGGAAAUAGUAACACUUGGCUUGGCAAAAUGCUUCAAAGACUUCGGACAAAUUAUGCUAACAAAGCACAAAGUACUAUUUUAUUUAUUUGUUUGUUUAUUUAUUUGAGUGGUUAUUAAAGUAAAACAUCCAUUGGUGAAAAGUGCUAAUUAACACCAAAAUCUAAAAAUAUCAGUAGCUGUGGGAAAGACAGCUACAUUACUGUUUCCAGGUAGGAGCCUGUCCCCUCACCCUCGUCCUCAAAAUGGCAAUCGGUUUGAACAGUAAAACCAAUCCUGCUAUAACAAUGGACAAGGUCCCUGAUAAAAAACAGUCUUCUGCAUGUGUUGCUCAUUCUGCAGUGGUCCAUGUGUUCCCUUGUAGCUGCAAAGACCUAGAAAAGUGAUGCCCAGUGGCCCAAAUCCAGCCUGCACAAAACUUCCCAUGGUCCCUGGCAGCAUUGGAGUUGGGAUAAAACCUGCAGUGACUCAAGCAUAGCCAACUUUUCGUCUUGUUUGCAACCUUUGGGGCUGCAGAGAAGGCCUGCCGGCAUGGAUGCGAGGGCUCUUGCCCCCCAUGGCAUUGCGCUGUGGUUGAGGUUCACUGAUCCAUUUAGCAGAGGGCAACAGGGAGAGCUGGGAAACAGUUGAAAGAAGGCAAAAUGUGGUGGGCAAAUCAGCAGACACAGUCUCUAACUGGAACAGCAGUUUUCUCCUAAAGGUCUACUGCAACCUACCUGAAGGCUUUGUCCAAACCUCCUUCUGACAGGGCAUUUCCAGUGUAGACUGAGAAUGUUUUACAGCCCAGGAGGCAUGUCUUGGCCACUGACUGUAAUUACACGUGGGGUCCAUCUCCUGCUGCUGACUGAGUUUGACACGUUGGGGCUACGGCCAAACUAAUCAAAACACACCUAUGUAGAGGUAAUUGGAUUGGCAAACCACUGUUCCUAUACUGUGCUGUGUGCAGCUCAAGUUUUGAAUGUACAAUCUAAGAAAAAAAUAUUUUUUUU